AUGCCGCCCACCACGGCGAGGACGGUGCCGCCAUGGGUCAUCACGAGACCACCCGCGUCCAUUCGUCCCGAGCACAACGGCGUCCCGACCGAGCCACGCAGGGACACCCACACGACUCACCACACGGCCGACGACGACCAAGAUGAGUACGACGCCGAGGCGGCCAGCAGCCACAAGGGCUUCCGGGCGCCGCUGUUCAAGCGCCGCGCCGGCCGGCGGUGGGACCACCUGCGCAGCGCCGAGCCCGUCAUCGUCUCGCAGUUCCGCGCCCCGCUCGAGGCCCAGUCCCCCUGGCACGAGUUCGUCGCCUCGUCGCGCUACCCGCACGUGCCCAACGAGGAGUCGGAGAUCGUCAGCGAGGAGGACAUGGCCAAGUUCCAGCCCAGCUUCGGCUACCCGGUCCACGUGCCCCUGGCCGCCACCAGCUUCGAGAACAAGAAGCAGGCCAAGGCGCGCUCGCUGUGGCAGCGGAUAUGGCAGAUGCCCCUGCGGCACCCGCUCGGCCCUCUGGCCUGCCGCCUGACCGUCCUGUCCACCUCCAUCGUCGCCCUGGCCCUGGCGGCUCGCAUCUCUCGGCUAGAGGCCAUAAAGGGUGACAGUCCGGCUGCAGAGAAGAGCCAGAUCAUCGUCGCCAUCGUCGUUGAUAUUGUCGCCAUUCCGUACAUUGGGUACAUUACAGUGGACGAUUACACUGGGAAGCCUCUCGGCCUCCGUCCGCCCAAAGCCCGCAUACGACUGAUCCUGCUCGACCUCUUCUUCAUCAUAUUCAAAUCGGCCAGCACAGCCCUCGGCUUCGAGGCCAUGCUGUUCUUCCAUAGUUUCGAUACCCAGCCCUACCUUCGUGCAUUGGGUGCUUUUGAGCUGGUGGGCCUGAUCUCGUGGGCCAUGACCUUGACAAUCAACGUAUUCCGGGAGAUUGAGAGAUUAGGAGGUUGA